CGGCGAUACCGCAACAACCUUGCGGCGAAGCGGUACCGGCAAAAGAAGAUUGACCGGAUUGAGGAGCUGGAGAAGGAGGUGAAAGAUGUGAAGGAGGAGCGGGAUGAUUUGCGGAUCCGGCUGGCUAGGCAGGAAGCCGAGGUGGCAGCACUGAGGGAAAUGAUGAAGAUGAUGAGGAAUGGAAACGGAAGUGGGAGUGAUGGUGGAUCUAAGGAUUGA